GAUUGGUUUACAUCGAACUAAAAACAUUACGUCAUCUCUAUGCGACUGUCACUGUCGCGAGUAGGUGGAACGAUGGCGCCUUCCCCAACGAAGAGAAAGGAGGACGAUAAGAGUAAACAGCGAGUUAAGGAGAAGCCAGGAGCUACGAAAGAAGGAGCUGACAAAGACCGGGGCCGAGAGAAGAAACGCACCCGGCGCAGCGCGUCCAGCCAGAGCAGCAGGUCCAGCUCCAGCAGCAGCUCCGGCUCCAGCUCCGGCUCGUCCAGCGGCUCCAGCUCCUCGGCCUCCAGCCACUCGGGCUCGUCCAGCCCCCGCUCCUCUUCCUCCUCCUCGUCCUCCUCACCAAGCCCGAGCCGCCAGCGGCACAACAACAGACGACGCUCACGCUCCAAGUCAAAAUCAGCAAAGAAGGAUGACCGGGACCGACGGCGUAGGAGCCCCACACCCAAACCCACCAAGGUCUACCUGGGCCGGCUGACCAGAAAUGUUAUCAAGGAACACAUCCAGGAGAUCUUCUCCACUUAUGGCAAGAUUAAGAUGAUUGACAUGCCGGUGAACCGCGUGCACCCGAACCUGUCCAAGGGCUACGCCUACGUGGAGUUUGAGACACCCGAGGAGGCGGAGAAAGCCCUGAAACACAUGGACGGAGGUCAGAUCGAUGGUCAGGAGAUCACAGUCACAGCUGUGCUGGCUCCCACGGUGCGCCCUCCCCCCCGCCGGCUGUCCCCUCCCCGCAGGAUGCCUCCCCCUCCCCCAAUGUGGCGACGCACUCCCCCACGAAUGAGGAGAAGGUCUCGGUCUCCACGACGGCGCUCUCCAGUGCGCCACAGGUCUCGAUCCCCUGGCCGCCGCCGGCAUCGGUCACGCUCUAGUUCCAACUCCUCCCGCUAGGGAAAAAGGACCCCCCAACCCCCCUUUCCUUUCUCCCCUCUGGAUCUGCUCUGCAGCAGUGUUCUGUUUAUCCGUGUGUACAAACCUUCCAGUUAAUUAUGAGCCACACUGUUAUGGGUUUUAGCCAAAACAGGUGAAUGGAAAUGCACUUUCCUGUUUUAGGCACCCACCGUUACAUAUUGACGUCAUGUAACUCCCAGAAUCCACCUGGCACGUCUGCGCUGUGUUCCGGUUUCACCGCCAGCAAUCGCGGCCACUCAAAACAAUGUUUGUGAUUCCACCAGCCGUCCCAAAAGCGGCCCUCCGCUGCACUAGAAAUACCCACUGGGCCUGUCUUUGACGGAGCCGCA